UCAUGUCAAUCUUUUGAGAGCACACUAUUCAUACAGUAAUCCCACAAGAUCUGAUGCUGACCAUCUCGAAUCAUACCUUAAUAGGUUAAUGCUUGGUGCAUACCAAAGCAUCUUGCCCAACACACAAUUUCCAUCAUACCAGAUAUGGAUCUCUCCUUCAUCACUGUUGAUCCCUCCACACCCCACACGCAUACCGUCGUCUUCUUACACGGGCGCGGAGACACGGCCAAGAACUUUGCUUCGUCUUUGCGUUACUCAACAGACUCACACAACCGUACGCUCUCAGAAAUCUUCCCAUCCUUCCGCUGGGUGUUUCCCCAAUCCGAGAUCCGGCAGUGCACAGCCUCUCCUGGCGAGAAAUGGUCACAGUGGUUCGACGUCUGGAAUGUGAGCAACUUCUCAGACCGAGAGGAGCUACAGGCGAAGGGUCUGAGGGAGAGUGUUGCCGGUAUACAGCGCAUCCUUUCAAGCGAGGCUGCUGUCUUGGGCGGACAGUGGGAUCGCGUUAUACUGGCUGGUAUCAGCCAAGGUGCGGCGACGAGCGUACAUACGUUGCUAAAUCUAAGUCUCCCGCCGGUUGUUGGUGGUCAACAGGUGCUGCCCAGACUCGGCGCCUUCCUUGGGUUUUCGUGCAGGAUGCCUUUCCCUGGGAGAACACUCGCUGAGACUAGGAAAGUUCUUUCGUUGGACGGCAGCCCAGAGACCGAUGAGGUCCUACGCAGUACGCCUAUUUUGCUAGAACAUUGUGUCGAUGAUCCUCUUGUUCUGAUAGGGAAUGGUCGAGGUUUACGAGAUUCUCUACGGGGAUUUGGUGCGCAGGUUACGUGGAAGGAGUAUCCCAAAGGAGGACACUGGUUCAACUCCCCGGCGGGAAUUGACGAUGUUGUGGAGUUUCUGAAAAAUCACGUUCUGAAGAAACCAAGUGCUGGGGAAAAGUUAUCAAGUCAAUUAUUACCUGACUCGAUGGAUUUAUCUUAGAAAGAAAUCUAUAAUCUUGACUUCUCUCCUUUGACUUUAUGUUGUGCUGCUUCUCAAAACGU